ACGUGCCUCCCGUUCCUCUCGUGCAGUUUCGAAGUAGUCUCGCGACUGUCGAGAGCACGUUAACGCACCGCUCCGUACUCCGUGCGAGAAAGAGAGAGAGAGAGAGAGAGAAAGUUCACCGAUCCUGCGAAGCAGCUCUCCGUGGCCGAACACCGCGCUUCCCUCCGACUUCUGCUGUCACGUGCGGGGUCAUCCGCGGGCUUCCGCGUGCGGGGUGCGACCCCGGUGUGUGUCUCCCCUUCGCCGCCGUGGAGGAGGAAAUCGGCGAGCGAGCAAACGCCAGGGAGCGCCGGCAUUUCCGAGCGAAGGCGAAAUCUCGAGAGUGGAAGCUCGUCCUCCCUUAAAAUCACUCUCUAAUCGGACUGCGCGAUGGCGCGACAGCAGACGGUGGACCGCAACAUCCCUCAUCUGAGGGACAUCUUCGGCUUCGGCAGCAAGUGGGACAACAACACGCGCGGGCAAACGGAGGAGAAGGCGCCCGGUCACGACAGCGCCGUAUCGAUGGGCUCGACGUCCGGCGAGGAGGAGAGCCCGAAGAACAGCAAGAAGAAGAAGUCCCGUCGCCGCGGCGACAACAGCAAGACCCUGACCGAGAGCGACGUUAAGCACCUCGAGCGGCACCUGUCGAUGAAGAAGACCAUACGGAAGAAGAUAAUGCGCGACCUGCAGCAGGCGUUCGUCGAGGACCCGAACGAGUUCCGGGUGGACGACAUACCGCCGGAGCAGCUCAAGGCGGAAAUCAAUAUCCAGAGCCUGAGCUUCGGCACGCCGUCCCAGAAGCAGGGACGCACGCGCGGCAACGCCGAGAGCACGUUCCUCGACAUGUUGCGCGGCGGCGGUCUGGAGAAAAGCGGGACGGACGGCGACCGGGACUCGGGACACGGCGGCUCGCCUACGAGGGAGGCGCCCAGCGCCCAGGAUACGGACGACGAGUCGAGCUACGCGUCGUACGAGGCGGCGGCGCCAGCCGCGACGCCCACGAAGAAGAGCGGCAAUUUUUGGAGACGCUUCACCAUGAAGAGCCGCAAUAAGCGGUAAACGCCGUCUCCUCUCCCAGUUAGUCGCCGAGAGAGAAGGAAUGAGAGAGAAGCUAGCGCGAACAGAGCGAGAGAGAGAGAGAGAGAGAGUACCGACACUUUAUUCUCCGUCUCUUUUAACGAUUCUUACCGACACCGUAUAUAGUUAACGAAGCAGAGCUUGCAACUGUGAUAUACAUAAAAACCGAUUAAUCUCUCUGCCUCCUCCUUGACCCUGAUUCUGUCUGUCCGUCUGUCCAUCCUCCUCGCCAACGAGGUGGUUCCCACGUGGAGUUUUUUUAAGUGGAAAUUCACCAAGUGAAUGUUUAAUCUCUCACCGAUGACGAUCGAGGACCAACUGAUACACCGGUAGAACCGUAGCAAAGGUCCGUCGCUGACGACCGAACGUACAAAUCUCGGACCUAAAAGCGUACGUAAGAUUUUAUACGCGAUCAGCAAAAAGUACACGGACGGACCAAUAGCGCGCUGUUAUAUCACGACAUAUCGCGAGGCUUGGACUGUCGGGAGGAGCUCGGCCGAUGAAUAACGUAAGGUGUCUUCCUCGUAAGAUACAUUUUUUGAGGCUCCUGCCUCCUCGCCGCAACCAUGUUGAUUAAUGACGUUGCAAGAACGAGAGAAAAGGUACGUUGAACAUUUUUGUGGGAUAUAUUGAGAUCAAAGGAUGUGGCUGUAAAAUGAUGAACUUGCGCUCGGUCGAGCGCGUUUGAGCAAAUAUCGGGGUAACCGGAAGAGUUUCUGCCGAUUUGAAAGUCGGUCACAAUUCUAGGGGACUUUUAUGACUGCCAACUAACGUAUGUAUAUGCGAUACAUAAUCUCGAACUGUAAGAUAAGAAUCCCAUACUUUGAUGAAUAAAAUUCAUUUGAAGACGAAGGUAUGUUUUUUUAAUUUUUUUUUUUUAAUAAGAACGGCAAAAACCUUCCUGGGUACCUGAUAUUUCGAAAGCUUUCUUCUUGCCUUUGACAGUCGACACGUAGACGCGAAAUCAACGUGACAGAAUCACGAGGAGAAACGGGCUAAAAAGUAAAGGUCUCGUGUUAAUUUUUACGGUUAUUUAUUAGAGCUGUUAAUAUUUGAUUUAGCUUCCGAAUAAGCAUCCUCCAGGUGCGAUUUCCUCCUGAAGUUUCGCGAACAUUUCAAUUUGUGUCUUCAGGUACGAGGUACGAUCCGAAAUUGCCGCUCCUACGCAGGACUUCUCCUUAUAUGGUUAUUAGGGCUAUUCAUUUUAUUAAUUUUCGAUAGAAAAUUUCGAAGCUUCGGAAGGAUCCGAAGGAAACUCCGAACUUUCGAAUUUUGGCGAGGCAAAUCCUCAAAGGUAUGUCUUUAAAAAAGUUGCAGUUUUCAUACUUUGAGGCUUCGAAGAAUACGACGAGGAAAGUUGAGAUUAGAAUAUCGCUACGUUAUAUUGACAGCGGUAGAUUAGAUAUUGCGAGCUCAAGCGGUGCCGAUUAGCAUGAGAAUGAUUAUAGAUGGCGAGUUUGAACGAUUCUUUAACAUUUUAAAAACCUUGUAAUAUCCUACGUCGUUUCGAAGCUUCGAAUGUCGAAGCUUUCGAAAGAAGAAACAUCAGCCCUAUUGUUUAUUAAUGCGAAAGGAAAGCUUUCGAAAUAUUAAAAAAGAAAAUGUACAAAUGUUGCAUCAAAGGAGCGGGAGUCUCGAAGAUACGCGAGACAUGCAUGUAGCGUGAAGAAGCGGGGUAUUUCGGAACGAAGCGACCGAUCGAUCGAAUUUCGGACGCGCGUUCGUUCAAGAAUCGU